GUACUGUUGUGUGCAAUUGAUAAAAAUGCCGUUAUUAGCUCAUGUUAGUCGUAGUACCGAGCAAUGCUGCGGCCUCUUUCACUUCUCUGCGGACGUGCCUAUGUAAUGAUAUUGUGUGGCAAAUCCUCUUUUCAUUUACGGCUAACUCGGUCUUUCGGCACUUCGCAGACUUGCGCAUUGACAUUGUAAUCUGUCAAAUGGUUGUGUCAUUCAGUGACGUAUCAUUAGAAGAGAAAUCUCGACAGCGAUACUUGCUGUGCAGCCAUUUUGGCUCCCUUUGUCAUCUACCGUGAUAUUGUGGAUCUAUGCUUGCGCCACAAUGGCUUCUUUUGCACACGGAACACGACGUAGCUGCUUGCUCAUUGGAUAUUUUGGGUGCCAAUCUUAACCACUGUGCUUGGUUGAACAGAGAUGGCCAGUUGUUGAAGACCCAGAGCACGUUAUUGGCAGAACAAAGAACACACGCUGGAUAACCAGAUAAAGUGCUCGUUGCUUGGGAGCAGGUUGUUCCACCCUCGUGCAGCCAGGAUCAAAACUGACUCCGCUAUGAAUCCCACCAAGGGAGGCCUCGCUAUAUUUUCAGCCAACUCAAAUCCUGCCUGUAUCGAGUUGGCCAGAAGAAUUGCUGAGCGCCUGGGAGUGGAGCUAGGAAAAGCGCAAGUAUACCAGGAGGCCAACAGAGAAACUCGUGUUCAAAUUCAGGAAUCUGUAAGGGGCAAAGAUGUCUUUAUCAUCCAGACCAUUUCAAAAGAUGUGAACACCACUGUUAUGGAGCUGUUGAUCAUGGUAUAUGCCUGUAAGACGUCUUGUGCCCACAGCAUCAUUGGUGUAGUGCCAUAUUUCCCUUACAGUAAGCAGUGCAAGAUGAGGAAGCGUGGCUCCAUUGUUUCUAAGCUGCUGGCGUCCAUGAUGUGCAAAGCUGGUCUCACUCACUUAAUCACCAUGGAUUUGCAUCAGAAGGAAAUCCAGGGCUUCUUCAACAUUCCAGUGGAUAACUUGCGUGCUUCACCUUUCCUCUUACAAUAUAUCCAGGAGGAGAUCCCUGACUACCGGAAUGCUGUGAUUGUAGCCAAGUCCCCUUCUUCAGCUAAAAGGGCACAGUCCUUUGCUGAGCGCCUGCGUUUAGGCAUUGCUGUGAUUCAUGGGGAAGCCCAGGACGCCGAGUCGGACCAGGUCGAUGGCCGUCACUCUCCACCAUCUGUGAAGAACAUGGCGGCCAUUCACCCCAGCCUGGAGAUACCCUUGCUAAUUCCCAAGGAGAAACCACCCAUCACGGUAGUGGGAGAUGUUGGCGGCCGGAUUGCCAUUAUUGUGGACGAUAUUAUUGACGACGUGGACAGCUUUCUUGCUGCUGCAGACACCCUUAAAGAGCGGGGAGCUUACAAGAUCUACGUGAUGGCAACACAUGGUAUUCUGUCCUCGGAUGGCCCCCGCUUGAUAGAAGAGUCUGCCAUUGAUGAGGUGGUUGUGACCAACACCAUACCUCACGAGAUCCAAAAACUGCAGUGCCCAAAGAUCAAGACAGUUGACAUCAGCAUGAUCUUGUCAGAAGCCAUUCGACGUAUCCACAAUGGAGAGUCCAUGUCCUACCUUUUCCGGAACAUUGGAAUGGAUGACUGAGACUUGUUGAAGUUGUGUGUAUGUAUGUAUGUAUGUAUGUAUGUAUGUAUGUGUGUGAGCGUGUAGCUAACACUGAUGUGAACUUCAUUCAGAGGGGCCAAUUUUGUUACUUUCUGAUUUUUAGAGGUGCUUGCUUGCAGCAAGGUUUUUUUUUUUUUUUUGCCUCCUGCCAUGUUUAUAUGUCAUUUGCACUAUUUUAACAAUUUGUCCCAGAACAAACAUUCCUUUGUGUGACUCCACAUUGUGGAUGUCUUCUUGUGGAGCCUUUAAAGCCAAAGUCCCAGAAGCACUGGGUGCUUGAAAGGCCACGGCUGGCCGUGGGUGGAGGCAGUAGUAGCUGCUGGCAGGAAAUCAGUUGUCAUCUCACCAUUCCAAACCUUGAGGGUCUUAAGUGUCUCUCAUCCUUGACCUGGGUGUGACGGCAGUGCCAAAAAUGUCUUGAAGGACCUGGGAACUCGGUGCUGCUAAUCUAAGAGAGAAGCUCCACACUUGGAGGUCUAGCACAUAAAGUGUGGAGCUAGGCUUCAGUUUGAAUAAAAGAAAAAAACAUUUAUAUAAAGAAUGUAAUCCCAGGAUGCAACAAACCAGAGCUCCCUUCAUUUUCGAGAAGAUGUUAUGCGAGUUUAACAAUGCUAUCUGCACAUGACCUGCUGAAUUGAAGGGAUGUUUUCCUAUUUAUUGUCUGCCAACAUCCAAAAUAAAAUUCUACAAAUGCAA